AAUUACACAUGUACCAUUGCUAUCUCCCGACUUAUCAACGAUUUAUGGGGGAGGGAUUUGAAGCUAGUACAACGGCUACAUUUUUCUACCGGCUAGAGACCUUAGAGGCCAUGAUCUACCUUAUAUGUGGACCGCCAGCUAACAAAGUUCACUUAUACAGCUCAAGAAGCUCCAAUUGCAGCACCAACCUAAGCUUUUAGUGAAACCGUAUCAUAUGCAGACAAACCCAAAAUGUGUUUAAUGUAAUGGUUAUACAGAGAUAAGUCAAAAAGACGGCAAAACUAUCUAAGUGACCCAUUCAGACCGAGUGAUUUUUUUUUUCAAAUUUAAAAAGCCAAUCUGUUGGAAGCGCGCGUGCGCGAGCGAGCGAGUCUCUGUGUUUCUGAACAGGAAGCAGCGGUCAGUCAGACUGGGAGACUGAAGAGAAAGAGAGGUGUUGGGAGUCUGCUGUAUAUGUUGAUUUUUUAAAACUUGUAAUUGCAAAAGGUUACAAAUACUGGAGUCAAAGCUUACGGAGUGGAAACAAAAGGGUCAUUUCAUACUGAAAGUCGGUCAGUUAUUAGCAUUGGUCGUUUUUCAAAACAUUUUCAAAACAUCUGAUAAAAGGGCGUGUUUUUAUCGUGUAUUUUUUCUUCUUUUUUUUUACACGUACAUUUUUUUUUUUUUUUUUUUAAAGAUUUACAGUUAAUAUUGUACUACAAAAAGGGUCUGUUUGAGGAUGGGGUGCACCCUAAGCACGGACGAUAAAGCAGCGCAGGAUCGCAGUAAAAUGAUCGACAGGAACCUACGAGACGACGGAGAGAAAUCGGCCAGGGAGGUCAAGUUGCUCCUUCUCGGUGCUGGAGAGUCGGGAAAAAGCACAAUUGUGAAACAGAUGAAAAUUAUUCAUGAAGCUGGUUAUUCAGAAGAGGAAUGCAAACAAUACAAAGCUGUUGUUUACAGCAACACCAUUCAGUCCAUAAUUGCCAUCAUCAGGGCUAUGGGGAGAUUGAAGAUAGACUUUGGUGAAUCUGCAAGAGCAGAUGAUGCUCGUCAAUUGUUUGUGCUAGCUGGCUCUGCAGAAGAAGGAUUCAUGACGGCAGAACUAGCAGGUGUUAUCACAAGAUUGUGGAAGGAUCCUGGUGUUCAAGCCUGUUUCAGCAGGUCAAGAGAAUACCAGCUAAACGACUCUGCCGCUUAUUACCUGAAUGACAUGGACAGGGUAGCGCAUGCCUCCUAUGUCCCUACUCAACAGGAUGUCCUCCGAACCAGAGUUAAAACUACUGGAAUUGUAGAGACACAUUUCACAUUUAAAGACCUCCACUUCAAAAUGUUUGAUGUGGGUGGUCAGAGGUCUGAACGAAAGAAGUGGAUUCACUGUUUUGAGGGAGUUACAUCAAUCAUAUUCUGUGUUGCACUUAGUGACUAUGACCUAGUUCUAGCUGAAGAUGAAGAAAUGAACCGAAUGCAUGAAAGCAUGAAAUUGUUUGACAGCAUCUGCAACAACAAGUGGUUCACAGACACCUCUAUUAUCCUUUUCCUAAACAAGAAGGAUUUGUUUGAAGAGAAGAUUAAAAGAAGCCCUCUUACAAUUUGCUUUCCUGAAUAUGCAGGAUCCAACACAUAUGAAGAAGCAGCAGCUUAUAUUCAAUGCCAGUUUGAAGACCUGAACAAGCGAAAAGACACCAAGGAGAUUUACACUCACUUCACUCAAGCCACAGACACCAAGAAUGUGCAGUUCGUGUUUGAUGCGGUUACUGAUGUGAUCAUAAAGAAUAACUUAAAGGACUGUGGUCUCUUUUAAAGCACUGCAGGUCUUGAUUAGAUGAAAACAUUUGCCAGACUUAACAGAUGUUGUUUUUCUUUUUUUUUGGGUUGGGGGAACGACUCAACAUGAAAUGAUGGACCAGUACUGUACUAUUUGUCAGUUUUAACAGCUUUAUUUAUGUUUUUGUCUUGAACAUUUUAAAUCAGAAUUUAUGAAAACAUUUUGUCUGGAUUGUAUGUAUAAUUGUAACGGUAAGCACCAGUUGAUUUUCACAAAAAGGACAUUUACAAGAGGAUGUUUUAAUUGAUUGACACAUUUCAUGUUUGGCCUUUUAUAGUUGGAGGCUUGCCUUUGGUGGAACAAUUGCAGCAUGUUUCCCAAGUUCUUUGGGGUGGGGUGGGGGGGGGUACAUAGUGUGAAUUUAAUUUUGUAGGCUGUUGUGCCUUCGCAUGCCUUUUACUGUCCUUGUAAAAUGCUUUGCUUGCUUGCUAAAUUGUUCCAACAUAAGUGUAUAGUUUCAUGUUCAACGAUUUCCUUAUGUUUCCUAUGAAACCUAUACCCGUGUUGCACACAAUUCCACUGAAAUAUACAACCUUUUAAUAAUUAUGACCAAUAAAUAUGACCGCAGUGCAUUGCCUUACAGGUAGUGCCAAAGUUUUAUAUAUACUUUUUAGUUGAUGAAAACAAUGUGUUUAAAUAGAGGUUCAUCUUGCAAGUCUCAACAUUUCUAAUGUGCUUAAAAUGUUUAAAAAUGCAAUUUAUUAUCAUCGAAAAUGAAAUGCAUCCACAAGAAGCUUUAAAAAUGAUGGAAUAAAGUACUUGCAUAUAGUGAAUUAUGGUUAAAGAAUUUACUGUUAAAUCCAGGAAAAAAUGUAAAUAUACUAUUUACUGAUAGACUUUUAACACAGCAUACUAUUUCAGUGUCUAACAGUGGUUGUCUUUUUUUUUCUAAUUUUAAAUUGCUAUGGUUUGGGAUAAUAUACAAGAGGCUUCUGAACUCAUCAAAACACAAAAAGGUCCUGCAAAGUUUGUAUGUGGAGCAUGGUGAAAUGUAAUUGUGAAUAUUGUCACAUUUCAACCCAUUCUAUUCAAUGACCUUUUAAAGACUAAUUUCCUCAUUUUUGCUAAUAAAAACAAACUAUUUUGCAAUCUGUAUGAUGAAACCAUGGUAUCCUUUUACUGCCUAUUAAUUGGAAACUGCUGUUGAAUAUUGAAUUUUAAAGAUUUUUUUUCUAUGUCUAUCAGACAAAUUGUAUGUAAUGUACUUUGUGCAUGAUUUUAAAUUGACGUUUUAUAAUCUCUCAAUACUAUUUGUAUUCCAGUACGCAUAAAUGGUUGGAUGAACCAAUAAUUCACAGUUUAUUUACAAAUGUUCCAGAUUUUGUGCCUUUGUGAAAGAUUAUUUUAAGUUUAAUAUUAAGUUUGUUGAACUUAAUGAUGAACAAAACGGCUGUAUCCACAACCUUUAUGGUCAGUUCUUUUGAGUAGUUAAAGCAUGGCGCUGCCCUUUUUCAUAGAUUUACAAGUAACAGUUUCCAGAACUUUUGGGCUUCUGAUCAUUGUAGUUCUCUGAUGCUACUGCACAUAAGCAGGUUUUACUUUCAGUACAUUAUAAUUUUAUGAAAGGUAAUUAAACUGUUCCAUAAGUCUU